AUGCAGCGCGACCGUGUCAACGGUGUAUUCGAAAGGGCCUCGCAGACCAGUGUGUCGAUGGCUAUCGCAAAAAGGCCAAGUAUCUUCUGGAGGAAGAUGAAAUGCAUGCCCCACCCUCUCGCCCGUGACACGUCUGUACAACCUCAUGAUGUGUUUGGAAAUGUACCGAAUAAGGUGGCCGCGCGAGGACCAGCAAAUGGUGGCUGUCCAGAUCACACUACAGUUGCAACUCUGUAUGAGCAUGGAUCAUCAACAGGCUAUCUUCGUCAAGAAUCUGGUUCAUUGGGUCGGUUAUCUCAUCCAGCCACCUCGCUGCCUCCUUCAUUCGAGUCUAACUCCGCCUUGGGAUUCGACUCUACCUCUUUGGAAAGCUCAAUCCUAACGUCAAUGUUGCACGACGUGGACAAUGUCAAAAUGAACAGUGACUCGCCUGAUGUUCCUUCAGUACCGGCUAUGGACCUGAUGGAUAGCUAUACCCAUGUCAACAAUGUUCACUCGGGCGAAGACACGCUGGGAGCUUCUGGCUGGAGUGAACAGCAGUCGCCUUUGCAGUCAAUGCUGGGCCAGUCCCCGGGUGAGUUUGGCACUAUGCCUUCGUCAUUUCCAGGUGGAGAGAACAUGCGUGAGUCCUCCUUGCUCGGACAUGCGGGCGUUGGUCCAUCCUCCCUAGAGAAAGAUCCAGUGAUGGCGCCACCAUUGCCUACGCAGGAAGCAGGCAUCCGGCGCGGCCAAAGUGGACGGCCUGAGCAGGAUCCGAACUCUGAGUCUGUGUGGAGGCAGCGUGUUGCGAAGGUAUAUCGCGAUAAGACGGAACCUUUUCGGUACACCGAGGGGUACCACAUUUUACUGAAGUAUGCGACACAGAAGUAUGACAAGGCUGAUGUUUUGCGCAUUGUGCGUGCUCUCGCUAUAUACCGCCCCUCUUUGAUUGCCCUUCAGAUGCCGCUGAGUGAAGAGGACGAAAUCUUUGUGGAGCGUGCCUUUCAGCGCACGAUUCUCGAGUUUGAAAAACUGAUUUCUCUUUCAGGGACGCCCACUGUUGUUUGGCGUCGAACUUGUGAGAUUUCUCUUGUGGGCACAGAAUUUUGUAUGCUUACCCAAUGGUCCAAGGAGGAUCUUAUCGGCAAAUACAUCUAUCAGUUUAUGGACAAGGAGUCUGUGUUGAACUACUGGGAAAUGUUCGCCAAUCACGCCUUUGAGAACACAUCCCAGUCAGUCAUGACCAAGUGUGUGCUAUUCUCUCCGUCUGGCAAAUCUAUUCCUUGUACUUGGUGCUUUACGAUUAAGCGUGAUCCAUUUGAGCUACCAGGCUUUGUGGUAGGGAAUUUUUUGCCGAUUAUGUAG